CGGCAGACUGGGCGGUGGCUGGCGGCGGCGGCGGCGCCGCGGGAGGGAGCCGGGAGUGCGGGUGAACUGGCAGGGCGGCUCCGCUCCGCAGGCAGAGAGAGCGCCGGGUCGCCGGAGCUGGUGAGGCGGCACGGGCCCUUGGAUGCGCUCCGUGGGUUCCUGGGUCGGAGGGGCCCCCGGGAAGCCGCGCGCUGCCUUCCCCAGGCGCCCGGUGGGCUUUACAGAGCCUGAGGCUCAGAGCGCCACAGUCGGGGCUGGUGCGGGGAAGCCUGCCACUGGAGCGGAUUUGGGCUCCCGUUGCCUCGGUGUUCUCAUCUGUGCGUUGCAGGCAAAGGAGGCAUCAUCCUUGAAUCUCCUGAAGCCUUCUCCUGUCCGUCAUGAACACCUCUCACUUCUUGGCCUUGCUGUUCCUAGGAUCCCCACAGGGUCAAAACAGGAGCAAGUCAGCUUCUCUGUACACUCCAUACAACUUCUCUGACCACUGCCAGGAUUCUGUAGACCCCAUGGUCUUUAUUGUCACCUCCUACAGCAUCGAGACCAUUGUGGGGGUCCUGGGCAACCUCUCCUUGAUAUGUGUGACUAUUAGGCAGAAGGAGAAGGCCAAUGUGACCAACCUGCUUAUUGCCAACCUGGCCUUCUCUGACUUUCUCAUGUGCCUCAUCUGCCAGCCACUUACGGCUAUCUACACCAUCAUGGACUACUGGGUCUUUGGCGAAGUCCUUUGCAAGAUAUCUACCUUUAUCCAGUGUAUGUCAGUGACAGUCUCCAUCCUCUCACUUGUCCUUGUGGCUCUGGAGAGGCAUCAGCUCAUCAUCAAUCCAACAGGCUGGAAACCCAGUGUCACCCAAGCCUACCUGGGGAUUGUGGUCAUCUGGCUCAUUGCUGGCUUCCUCUCCCUGCCAUUCCUGGCCAACAGCAUCCUAGAGAAUGUCUUUCAUAAGAACCACUCCCAGGCUGUGGAGUUUCUGGCAGAUAAAGUGGUCUGUACUGAGUCUUGGCCACUGGACCAUCACCGCAUCAUCUACACCACCUUCCUUCUGCUCUUCCAGUAUUUCAUUCCACUGGCCUUCAUCCUGGUCUGCUAUGUCCGCAUCUACCAGCGCCUGAGGAGUCAGGGGCGGGUAUUCCGCAAGGGCACCUAUAGCUCGCGGGCAUGGCAGAUGAAGCGGAUCAAUGGGAUCCUUGUGGCAAUGGUGGCUGCCUUUGCUGUGCUUUGGCUGCCCCUGCAUGUGUUCAAUAGCCUGGAAGACUGGUACCAUGAGGCCAUCCCCAUUUGUCACGGCAACCUCAUCUUCUUGGUGUGCCACCUGCUUGCCAUGGCCUCCACCUGUGUCAACCCUUUCAUCUAUGGUUUUCUCAACACUAACUUCAAGAAGGAGAUCAAGGCCCUGGUGCUGACUUGCCAGCAGAGUGUCCCCGUGGAAGAGUCUGAGCAUCUGCCUCUAUCCACAGUGCACACGGAAGUCUCCAAAGGGUCUCUGAGGCUCAGUGGCAGGUCCAACCCAAUCUAGCCAGAGCAUCAAGGACUGCUUCAAGGUCAAGCUUCUUGACUAGAAGAUGGGAGUUGUUGCUGUGACUUACUGCUUUGUAGGGAUACAGUGAUGCCUGAGAAAAUCCUGAAAAGACCUGCAAGUUCUUCAAAGAAGAAAUUUUUGCUUCCUACACCCUGUUGAGAGACAGUCUGGCGGUGGAGGAGUGAGCACAGCUGUUAUUUCUGCCUUAAAGUGGGUCAUGCUAACUUGGAUAGACAUUCUUCAGUGACAAGGUCCUUGGCCGGGCCUGCACUGGUGAUAAGACUUCCCCAGAGUGUCUCUUUAAGGUUCUGAUACAUCUCACAAUGGCUACAAAUAUAUGGACAUAGACAAGACUGGGGCUUCUGGGUCCUGAGAAUACACUGGGAAAGGAUUUGCAGAGCAUAUUCAGAUGCCUCCUUAGCUGAGAACAGCCAGGAACUUCCUACUUCGGGCAGCUGAGAAGGCAGGGUGAACUUGCCAACGAACCCUCAAACAGGAGGGUGCUUAUGAAUGGGGCUGUGUAAUCAUGGCCCUUGAGGUUUCUAGUUGUUUGAAUGUCACCCUUUAUUUGAAACUGAUGCUUGUCAGAUUUUGAAAACAGUUGUCGGUGCAAUUGUGUACCAGUAUGGAGCUCUCUUAAAGUACAUUUCCUUCCAUUCA